AAUAACAAACUUAACGUCAAAUAUUUUAACGAAAGUUCCCGUAAGGAUAGGCACGUGUAUCCCGUCCUCCUGUUCGCCACAAUUCGUGUCCAAAAUAUUCACUCGAAAUGCGUGUUUGGACUCAUACUAGUGCUGGUAAUCGCGGGCACUCUCUGCGAUCACUGGCAACUGGAAAGUCACUCUCAGAUGGAACUCCUCUUUCACUCGACCACCGACUCGCAGAAGACGAAGAAAUCGUUUGAAUCAUACGAGAAGAGCUCGAAACCACUUCUCUAUGAGAUUCUCAUCUCGUUUUCGGUCAAAAUAAACGCUAAGAAAAUAUUCGACACGAAAGGCACGGACACAUCGAUACAAGUAUUUCACGGCAUACGUGUGCUCUCUAUGCUAUGGAUACUAAUCGGACACUCAUUCGCAUUCGCCGUCCAAUGGAUGACAUUCAGAAAUCCUUUAGUGAUACGAGAAGUGCCCCAAAAUAUAAUGAGUCAGUUAUUAGCGAACGGAACCUUUUCUGUCGACUGUUUCUUCUUUAUCAGUGGAUUUCUGGUGUCUUAUGUAGUGAUGACAAAAGCCAAGAAACACAGCGGAAAGCCUAAUAUUUUCCUCUUUUAUCUGCACCGAUACCUACGAAUGACACCAUCGAUGAUGGCUGUCAUCGCAUUCAGCGCUACUCUACUACAGUACUUGGGGUCUGGCCCUCAAUGGACUGAAUCGAUAACUAUGUUCAACGGUUGGUGUCAAAAGAAUUGGUGGGUUAACGGCCUAUAUCUACACAACUUUGUCAACACUCAGAAUAUGUGUUUGAGUCAUUCGUGGUAUUCUGCGGUCGACAUGCAGUUCUACUUCUUGUCGCCACUAAUUCUCGUCCCGUUAUACCUGAAGCCAGUGUUAGGCAUCUCAUUGGCAAUACUGGCCCUCUUUUGCUCCAUGGGGCUGACCGGUUACCUAACACUUAUCAAUGACUUCCCAGCUGUUCCUUAUAUUAAUGAUGUCGUUGAACAGGCAGUGGUGGACAAGUACUAUCGACUCUUAUACAUAAAGCCCUACUGCCGAGUGGGUCCCUAUUUAGUGGGAAUCCUAUUGGCGUACGCUAUCUACACCUCUCAGGGAGACAUCAAAAUGAAAAAAUUCUACUCAACCAUGGGUUGGAUCAUCUCAUUUGUGGUCAGUUUGGGAGUACUGUUUGCUAUGUUUCCGGCAAACAAUGGCAAUGUUCCCGAAGUACACAUCGCAGCCCUGUAUAGCUCCACCUCCCGAACCAUUUGGGCGCUGAGUCUGUCGUGGGUUACGUUCGCUUGCAUUACAGGCAAUGGAGGCUUCAUUAACGCCUUCCUAUCGGCCAAAGUAUGGGUCCCUUUCAGUCGACUCACGCAUUGCGCGUAUUUGGUUCACCCAAUCGUUAUGGCUGUCCUCUACGGCAGUCGCGAACAUCCCUUCGACUUCUCGAGCUAUCUCUUCGUGAGUCUCACCAAUCAAUUGCUUACCAAACAGUCAACUAAUAAAUGUAAUAGAGUCGCCGUUCAUCGCAAUCUCGAGGCUAUUGAUAACCAGAAGGACGUGAGCCCCGACACCAAACCAACUCUAUAUAAAGAGUUUCAGAUAUCUUCAGAUAUAAAGAAAUACUUACUCUUUAAACGACAUAUCAAUGAGAAAAUCAAGAGAUAUAUUAUGAAUAAUAUAAACAUUUCUAUACAAAGAAUACUAAUGUAUCGCACAAUCAGGUCAUCCGAUGUCCGCCAGCGACCAGAGGGUUGA